AUGGCGCGCGGCAGCUCCCGUGCUUGGGGUUGGGGAGCGGCGGCGCCGGCGUGUCCGUCUAGCGUCGUCACCGAGGCGUUCUUCAACGGCAUCCAGUCCCAGGCCGGCGGGAACGGGUGCGAGGGCAAGAAUUUCUACACACGGAGCGCGUUCGUGAGCGCCGCCGACUCGUUCCCGGCCUUCGCGCAUGGCGGCACGGAGGCGGAGGGCAGGCGCGAGAUCGCCGCCUUCUUCGCGCACGUCACCUACGAGACCGGAUAUUUCUGCUACAUCAACCAGAUCAACGGGAACAGCCAGGUCUCGUGCGCCCUGAGCUCACAAUGGCCGUGCGCCCUGGGGAAGAAGUACUACGGGCGUGGCCCGCUGCAGAUCUCGUGGAACUUCAACUACGGCUUCGCCCAUGGCGGCUCGAAGGUGGAGGGCAAGUGUGAGAUCACCGCCUUCUUCGCGCACGUCACGCACGAGACUGGACAUUUCUGCUACAUCAACGGGGCGAGUAGGAACUACUGCGAUGCCAGCAACAGGCAGUGGCCAAGCGUCCUGGGGAAGAAGUGCUACGGGCACGGCUCGCUGCAGAUCUCGUGGAAUUACAACUACGGGCCUGCCGGAAAGGUCAUCGGCUUCGACGGGCUCGGGAACCCAGACAAGGUGGCACAAGACCACUUGAGUUGCGACCACAAAGUUGGUGAGGAAGCCGACAUGGAAGGCGCCCACGGAGUUGGCGAGGAGGCCGACCUGGGAGGUGGUGGCUAG